UAUUGUAAAGUCAUCUUUCAGCAUGAAGUCGGUUCAGCAUUUUCCUGUCCUUGCAUUUGUCAUGUUCGGCCUCGUCACCACGAUCACGAUUAAUGCACACCCCAUUAUUUCGAGGGGGGUUCCACCUGUCUAUGAGCAGCAUAUAGUCAUAAACCCACUCGAUGGUCCCUCGUGCCCCGGGAGUUGUUGUAACUGCACUGCGAUCCGAGAAAUUGUUGCAGACGAACUACAGGACACGAACCUUUGGCUGGCCAAACAAGAAGCAAAAGUCGGUAACAAGGUAGACGGUCUGUCUGCGGAGUUAAAUGGCUUUAAACUGCAGCUAGACCAGAUAACUGAAACAGUCAUUGAGCUCUCCGCGCUCCUGAGAAGCACGACAGCUGUACCUGUUACCCCUUCAGUGCCCCCUCAUACGCCUUCAGUGCCCCCUCUGACGCCUCACAAGGACUGCUCCGACGCCUUGGCAAACGGUGUGACAAUCAGUGGUGUGUAUACGGUCCAACCUGCAGAUCACGAAGGUCCUUUCAAAGUGUACUGUGACAUGGAGACAGACGGUGGUGGAUGGACGGUGUUCCAACGCCGUCAAGACGGCUCUGUUGACUUCUAUCGUGACUGGGAGAGCUACCGCCGGGGCUUCGGUGAUCUGAACGGCGAGUUCUGGCUCGGCAAUGACAACCUGCAUCGACUCACCGCUCAGGGCGCGUACCGACUACGUGUCGAUCUCGAGGACUUCGAAAACAACACUGUGUAUGCCGAGUAUGACAUGUUUAGUGUUGCUGAUGGGAGUGACAACUACCAGUUGACGGUGCAAGGCUACUCCGGAACGGCUGGUGAUUCCUUGUCAUAUCAUAGUAGUUAUCCCUUCAGCACCAAAGACCACGACAACGACGUGGCUGGUUCUGAGUGUGCUUUACUUUACUCCGGUGCUUGGUGGUAUGUAGAGUGUCACUACUCAAAUCUCAAUGGCGUGUACCUGAGUGGGCAGACGGAUGUGUACGCUAAGGGUGUGAUUUGGGUAACCUGGAAAGGGAAUUUCUACUCGCUGAAACGUACUGAGAUAAAAAUUAAGGUAGCAACUAAUUAGCUUAGUGAAGUUAGGGUUAGGGAGAGCCAAUUUGUUCACUACACCUUUUUACUUUUGUCGAAAUGUCGUGAUUCCAUUUAUCAAGCACUUGCAAGGGAAAUGGAAGUAGAUUGCCUCGUCCGUGUUAUACAUUUCAGAAAUACGCUAUCAACUUCAACUCCCAUCGUUUGAUUUUCUUUCAUUUUACAAUUUGUACCCCUUGGUGGUCACUUAGUUAUUUCAUACAUUUAUGAGACAGUGUGAUCAUUUGUGUACAUCUCCCUGACUCCCAUUUCUUCAAUUGCUCCAUCGCCUUUUGUACCCAUAAGGAGAGUGUGUAGUUUGUAGAUCUGACUUUUGUAAAAUAACAUUUUCUCUUUGUGGACAGAAAGUCCCCAGCGCUUUGUAACAUGUUGAGUAUGAUCUCGACCGCGUCAAGCCUCCUAUAUCAAGCAAAACGGUAGUUCUGAGGUAACUGUAUUAAUCCUCUUUGGAAUAUCACACUUUGACUAGUGUGCUCGCACAGAUUCAAUGAAUUAACGAGGACGUCACUGUUCUUUUUCUAUAAAAACAGAAUUGCGCAAGACAAGUGUUACACUAUUCCCUCUCAUGGAUAAAAAGAUUAUAGGCAGGCAGUGCGUACAUAUGCGCUGGUCCUACCGGGGUGUCAUUUGCUGGAGGACAGACACACAAAUGCGCGUGAAACGUGAUCAAACAAGACGGGAUUGCAACAGAGAACGGCGCUGUCUCUCCAAUGUGCGUGAACAGCUGCGUGGUCUGGAUGUUUAUUUCAAUUCGAUUCGUGUGACUUCAUCAUGGACCUCUGAUUAUAAGAUCUCACUAGAUGAACCGUCAAAUUGUCCGUUAACUUCUAGUUCAACAAUGCCCUGUAACUUUAAUGAGCGGUGGGUUUGGUUUAGACUAAUGUUACGUCACUUGUACGAGUCGGAUGUCUCCUUGCUCAUUAAGUUAGGUCAUGUGCAGGGAUACGUUUUGCUUUAUUUAUACCUCACCUUUAUUAUUUGCACGUCCAAGAGAGACCACGAAAAAAGCACCAAGUCAUUUCACAGUGAAUAGGCGCGUUUGUUAACGUUUGUGUUUUUUUCCAUUCGUUCGAAUGUAUGAGCUCACAUACUGACUCGUACAGACAACCUUGUAGUCUCUAUUUCUGCGCCGCCAAUGAGGUGACUUUUAAUCAGGACAAAAGAGAAGUUCGUCAAAACAGUUUAUCAGUUCAUGAAAACAGAAAGUUUGUUUACGAUUAACAAGAAAAUAACGUUUUGCCUCAAUAUUCUGAAAUUAUCGAUUUUCUAUUUGAUUUUUCAUCUUGUGAAAUCGCACACGAUAUGUACACGGUCACUGCACGUCAAUGUUCAGUAGUAUCCGUCAAUACUACUGAGAAGUAGGCCUAUUCCUUGAAGUUUAAAUGGCAAGAGAAAUUCUACAGCGUACAAACGUAGAUUCCUCACCCAAUAAAAAUAAACGCUGAGGUGAAGUCAGGUUUCAGUGUGCCAUUCCGGAUUUCUGGUCAUGCAUGAAUCCUCGCGGUAGUGUUGCACACAAAAACAUAUAUCAUAUAAACAUGUACAGUUUCCAUUUCCUGAUUCAAAUUCAUUUAAAGUUCAGAAUAAAAAUAAUGAUUAUUACUGCAGAAUUUUCUGAUCAAAAGUAAAGUUAACCGUUUUGUAGUGAACAUCGUGGGAAAGUAAAAUUUCAAAGCAACGGUAUGUCACAUAUUCACAACAAUCUAAGAUUGAAUAAAAAUGCGUUUACACAGAGGCCAACAUUUCCCAGCUAUUGAAAAAGUGAGUAAGUUUAAUUGGCUUGAUUUGUACAUUGCCACUUCUUUCAUGAUUAUUAUGUAUUUCGCGCUGAUUACGGUUUUAGUGUCCAGCAGUGAACAAUCCCACACAUUGUUUGGCUGAUUUUAAAUGGUUAAUUUAAGCAUGAACUACUAGUAUUAAGCACGGCAAGCUGAAGUUAAGCAAGACAAUUAUGCAGAAUAUAAUAUUGCAAGUACAGAUAAGAUUUAAAAUUUAGUUUCUGAAUAUAAUAACAGUACCCCCAGGCUGUAUGAAGUGUGUUCUUUUUAAAACAAGAAAUCUGUUUUUAAAAACAAAGCAUUUACAAAUUAAUUCGCUUAAAGUUAAUAUUGCAAAAACUGUAGCAGCUAAAUAAACAAGCUGAUUUUAUCUAGAUAAUCCUAUUUUCAGUGCAUUGUGCCGUUCAUUAAGUUAAUUAUGUUUG